UUGGGACUUUGGAAGUAUUACAGAUUUGCAGUUGGAGGUAGAUGACUCAGUGAGUCCGAGUUAGGGUUUCAUCUUCAUUUUCUUACAAAUUAGAAAGUACUGUUUUUUUUUUUUUGUUUUGGCGUCAAUUAAAUUGUAAGUAUUUGGUAAAGAUGGAGGCUUACAAGAAUUGGGUUCGCCAAAACAAAGAUUAUGUUCAUUCCUUGGAAUCUCUUGCUAAUGGAUUGACAUGGCUUCUUCCCGAACGCUUUUCUGCUUCAGAAAUUGGGCCAGAAGCAGUCACUUCGAUAUUGGGCAUACUUACAGCAAUCAAUGAACAUAUAAUUGAGACAACACCAACACCAGCACAAUGGCGAGUGCCCACAUCAUCAUCAUUUCCUUUUUCGUUGUGUAUAUCUGCUUUGAAGGAAGCAGAGACAUUGGUUGAAGUUGUGGCGCAACAAUUGUAUGGAGAUGACAAAAAGUGGAACUUUAUCUUGAUUACAGAGGCCUCUAAGGCUUUGCUGAGAUUAGCAUUGUUUCGAGAUAGUGGCUACAAGAUGCUUCUACACGGUGGUGAAACACCAAACAUUGAUGAUCCCUCAAAUCCUCAAAAUAAUCCUGGAGAUUUGGCAAAACCUGGUGGAGAUCAGAGGCCUGCAUACCUCAACAAUCAUUACAUUCAAAAUCCAUGGAAUCAUGAAGGGAAGGCACUUGCCGCAUUGAAUAGGUUUGGAGAAAAUGCUAGGAUGGUUUAUGAUCCGACAUGGCUUAGAAGGACCCAACAGCCAGGAGCAAUCACAAACACUCCAAAUUUAGUGAUUAAAAGACCAACACUUUCUUCGAUAUUGUCAGAGAAGGGUCUUCGUGGUGGCUUGUUUCUGAUGGGGGAGACACUAUUUAUCUUGAGGCCUCUCAUUUAUGUAUGGUUUAUCAGAAAAUACGGGAUUCGUUCGUGGAAACCAUGGCUCAUUUCACUAGCCGUGGACCUGGUUAGUUCAAGCGCUAGCUCACUAGCAUCAAAAUCAAAAGAGGGGACAAGUGCACAGAAAGAGACUAAUCUUUCUGUAGCUGAGAAGGACGAGCUAAGAAGGCGGAAAGUGUUGUGGGCACUGUAUAUUAUGAGGGAUCCAUUCUUUUGCACUUAUACCAGACGAAGGCUUGAAAGUACCCAAAAGGUGUUGGAACCUAUUCCUGUUGUAGGAUUACUCACAGAAAAAUUAGUCGACCUGAUUUUCGGAGCCCAAACACGGUAUACUUACAUGUCUGGAUCAUAGUGCUGAAGAUUAAGCAUUUAAGCUGCUGUUUUGAUGACAAUCUUUGUAUCAAUUUUUUUUUUUUUUAAGAAAAAUGGCAUAUGAUAAAUAAUCAAUCUUGUAUGAUUUACCAAUAAUGAGAGCUAAUAUUUAUUGCCAA